CCGGGGGAGGAGCUGGGGGGGCGGCGAUGGAGCCGGGAGAGCGGAGCCACCGGGCGGUGGUUGCUUGAAAACCCCCCCUCAACACUCCUUUUCCAUCACCCCCGGAGCCCCCAGACCCCCCAGCCCACCCUGAGGAAUGAGAGCUUUCCAGGCAGACCUCCUUCUCCUUCUUCUCGGCUUCUUCAUCCUCAGCCACGAACUGGGGCUCCCAGGAAGAGGAUGCUGCCUAGUGCUGGGGUUCAUGUACAAGGAGAAGUACCGCAGGAUGACUGAAGGUCAAGCAUCCUCCUUCACGCAGCAGCCCCAGGACCAGGUGGUAAUCGCUGGGCAGCCCGUGACGCUGCUCUGCGCCAUCCCAGAGUACAAUGGCAUCGUGCUAUGGAUUAAGGACGGGCUCGCCCUUGGAGUUGGACGGGAUCUCUCAAGUUAUCCACGCUAUCUGGUCGUAGGAGACCACCUGUCUGGAGAGCAUCACUUGAAAAUCCUGAGAGCCGAUCUCCAAGAUGACGCCGUCUACGAGUGUCAAGCCAUUCAAGCGGCCAUCCGAUCCAGACCUGCCCGGCUGACCGUGCUUGUUCCUCCAGACGAUCCUAUCAUUAUGGGGGGACCCAUCAUCAGCUUGAGAGCAGGAGACCCCCUCAACUUGACCUGCCAUGCAGACAACGCCAAGCCAGCAGCCUCCAUCAUCUGGAUGCGGAGAGGAGAAGUCAUCAAUGGAGCCACCUACUCCAAGACACUUCUCCGCGAUGGCAAGAGGGAGAGUAUCAUGAGCACCCUUUUCAUCGCCCCCUCCGACAUCGAGAACGGGGAGAGCGUUGUCUGCCGCGCCACCAACAAAGCCAUUCCCAGUGGGAAGGAGACCUCUGUCACCAUUGAUAUCCAACACCCACCCCUGGUGAACUUGUCCGUGGAGCCGCAGCCGGUUCUAGAGGAUAACACUGUGAAGUUCCACUGCUCUGCCAAGGCCAACCCUGCUGUCACCCAGUACAGGUGGGCAAAAAAAGGCCAGGUUAUAAAAGAAGCAUCCGGCGACUUCUACGAAACUAUCGUGGACCACACCUUCUUCUUCGAGCCUGUCUCCUGCGAGGUCACCAACGCGCUGGGCAGCACAAACAUCAGCAGGACUGUGGACGUCUACUUUGGGCCCAGGAUGGCAACAGAACCCCAGUCCCUCCUCGUUGACCUGGGAUCAGAUGCAGUCUUCAACUGUGCCUGGACUGGAAACCCAUCUCUCACCAUCGUCUGGAUGAAGCGAGGCUCGGGCGUGGUCCUGAGCAAUGAGAACAAGUUGACCUUGAAAUCAGUCCGCCAGGAAGAUGCUGGGAAAUACGUGUGCCGAGCCGUGGUCCCGCGGGUCGGCGCUGGGGAACGGGAGGUGACGCUCACCGUCAAUGGACCACCCAUCAUCUCCAGCACCCAGACGCAGCACGCCCUGCAUGGCCAGAAAGGGCAGAUCAAGUGCUUCAUCCGCAGCACCCCACCACCAGACCGAAUUGCUUGGUCCUGGAAGGAGAACGUCCUGGAGUCUGGGACUUCUGGGCGCUACACUGUGGAGACGGUGAGCACAGAUGAGGGCGUUAUCUCUACUCUGACCAUCAGCAACAUCGUCCGGGCUGAUUUCCAAACCAUUUACAACUGCACCGCCUGGAACAGCUUUGGCUCCGACACGGAGAUUAUCCGGCUCAAAGAGCAAGGUACGGAAAUGAAAUCAGGAGCUGGUAUUCAAGCAGAGUCGGUGCCGAUGGCAGUGAUCAUUGGAGUGGCCGUGGGGGCCGGCGUGGCGUUCCUGGUGUUGAUGGCCACCAUCGUCGCCUUCUGCUGCGCCCGCUCGCAGAGGAAUCUCAAAGGCGUGGUUUCUGCCAAGAACGACAUCCGCGUGGAGAUCGUACACAAGGAGCCGGCCUCGGGCAGGGAGACGGAGGAGCACCCAACCAUCAAGCAGCUGAUGAUGGACCGGGGGGAGUUCCAGCAGGACUCGGUGUUGAAGCAGCUCGAGGUGCUCAAGGAGGAAGAAAAGGAGUUUCAAAACCUGAAGGAUCCCACCAACGGCUACUACAGCGUCAACACCUUCAAGGAGCACCACUCCACUCCCACCAUCUCGCUGUCAGGCUGCCCAGCGGACCUGCGCCCCACCAGCAAGCAGCGGGUGCCCACCGGCAUGUCCUUCACCAACAUCUACAGCACCUUGAGUGGGCAGAGCCGCCUCUACGACUACAGCCAGCGCUUCGUGCUGGGCAUGGGCAGCAGCUCCAUCGAGCUGUGUGAGCGUGAGUUCCAGCGCGGCUCCAUGAGCGACAGCAGCUCCUUCCUCGACACCCAGUGCGACAGCAGCAUCAGCAGCAGCGGCAAGCAGGAUGGCUACGUGCAGUUCGACAAGGCCAGCAAGGCCUCUGCCUCCUCCUCUCAUCAUUCCCAGUCUUCUUCCCAAAACUCAGACCCCAGCCGGCCCCUGCAGAGGCGGAUGCAGACACACGUUUGAGCCCCUCCGGGGAUGCUCAGGACCCUCCGCGCGGGCGCCGUGGCUUCGUGCUAGGACAGUCACACCCGCCAGGAGCGGCGGCGGGGAAAGAGGCUGGAUCCAGCCCGCCCAGAGUGGGGCUGCGGGGUGGGGGACUUGCUGAUCAUCCCCCCCCCAACCCGGGACAUGGCUAAGCACAACGCCGCUGAGGACGCGCCGAGCCGUCCCCAGCCCAAGCACGCGCCCCGCGCCCACCCAGCCGCUCGCCUCUGCUUCCCACCACCCUCUCCCACCCGGCUCUUCCCCUUCCUACUUGGUGUUCGGUGUCCAUACUUAUAGAGUCCGU